AUGUCUUCCCCAGGCCGCCCCGACUCCCCCACUCUCAAUCCUCCGCCAUCCUCCCCUCUCCCCCUCCUGCCUCCCUUCCGCGCUCCCUCAGGGACAUCCAGACCAACAGCAACCGACACAGCGCGGCAGCAAGGCGCCCUGCUUGGUCUUUUGUCAAGCGUUUGUCGGGUGAUUGAAAGCUUAUACCAAGAUCUCCGGUUUCUGGAGAGGAGAUUCGGUGGGGAUCCGGUACGGGUACCGAAGCAGCAGCUGGAAGAGCGCAGGAAGAGGGUGAGGAUUGUAUGGAAAACGGUGGAAAAACACCCCGGGUUGGCGUGGGAGGGAGAGGUGGUGAGGUUGUGCGAGAGGAUGUUGGGGGAUGUUCUGAAAGUAUACCACCCAUUCAUCAAUAACGGAGAGAGCACCACCGCUUUCAUGGUGCCAUGGGGAGAAUACCUUGGGACCUUCACAGGAACUAUCUCGGACGUUGAAGAGGAAGUAGACAAGGCGGUAAAGAAGCUGACCGCGAAUGACCGGAAAACUUCCGGCACAUAUGGUGGCGCCGGCUCGGGAGGAGGAGUGAGGAUAGAAUCGUUGAUGCGGCCACUAGGGUGAUUUCGGUAGGUAGAGUCUACCACAUGGACGACGGAGCAGGCGAUGGUAAGGUUCGGCGGAUGCGGACCGGUGAAGACAAGAG